AUGGAGGUCACUAACCGGACACAGGUCACAGAGUUCGUGUUUUUGGGACUGACUGAUGAUAAGACUCUCAUCCCCUUCCUCUUCAUACUCUUCUUUAUUCUUUACGUUAUGACCAUCAUAGUAAACAUUUGCUUACUUGUUAUUGUCCAAACCAAAUCGAGCCUCCAGACCCCAAUGUACUACUUUCUGAGUUGCCUCUCGCUGGUUGACGUCUUCUAUUGUUCUGCCAUAACCCCUAAAAUGCUUGUGGACCUUAUAUCUAAGAGGAAGGCUAUCUCCUUUGAAGGUUGUGCUCUCCAGUAUUUCUUCUACGCUUCUCUGGUGGCCACCGAGUCUCUUCUACUUUCCAAUAUGUCCUAUGACCGGUUUGUUGCCAUCUGCCACCCUCUCCAUUAUACACAUAUAAUGACUAAGAAGAAGUGUCAAUGUCUUGUUUCUGUGGAUUUAUCCAUUGGUUUCUUCCAGUCAUUGGUACAGACCAGCUGUUCCUUCACUCUACAGUACUGUGGGUCCAACCUGAUCGAGCACUUCUACUGUGAUGUCCUCCCUGUCCUUAGACUGUCCUGCUCCAAUAAUUUCACCUGUGACAUGGUCACCAUAUACAUUGUAUGUAUUCUGGGCAUGGGUCCAUUAAUGGCUAUCCUACUUUCAUACCUGAGAAUCGUAUUUGCUGUUUUUCGCAUAAAAUCAGCAUUGGGGAGGAAGAAAGCCUUCAGUACCUGCUCCUCACACCUCAUGUGCGUCUUCAUCUUCUAUGGAUCUAUAUUUUUCAACUACUUGCAUCCUCCUUCCAAUGUCUUUACUCUACAAGACAAAAUGGCUUCAGUCUUCUAUACAGCAGUGACACCGAUACUAAACCCCCUUAUAUACAGUCUGAGGAACCAAGAUGUAAAACGGGCCAUCAUCCUAUCAGUUAGAAACAGCUAA